AUGCCUUCCUGGAGAAACCGCCUGCUCGCUCGUCUCCGCGAGGCGGAGGCUGAGAACCGCUUCCUCCGCGAGGAGAACCGCCGUCUCCGCGAGGAGAACGAGCUCUUCCGCGAGGAGAACGAGCUCUUCCGCGACGGGGCCCGCCGCUCUCGCCGCCGCGAGAACAACUUGCUCUGGCUGCUGGAGCGUGCCCGCGCUUGGAUCGCGGCGUUUCUGCUUGCGUUCUGGGAGACGCAUGACAACAUCGCCGAGAUGGCGGAUGAUGGAGAGCUUCUGUUGGGUGAUUUGGACCGCGAGUAG